GUAGUAAUUUGCCGCUAAUAUGUUUACUUUGUGGACACUGAUCGAAGCUUCGCUGCUGUGCCUGAACGCAGUCUGCAUCCUGCACGAGGAGCGAUUCCUAGCCAAGUUUGGUUGGGGUCGGCAGGCGGGUCAGCAGGAUUUUGGAGCUCCUACGGCGAAGGAUCAAGUGCUAAACCUCAUCCGCUCCAUUCGAACAGUGGCCAAGAUUCCCUUGAUAUUCCUUAACAUAAUUGCAAUUUUAUUUAAAUUAUUACUUGGUUGACGACAUAAGAUCUAUUGUAAUAAAUGUACCACAUAAAGCCUUUGUAGACA